GUAUCGUUGAGCGCGUCGAUGUUACUUUGUUACGCCCAUUGGUUGUUUUGAUUUGACAUCUUUGGUUAUGGAGGGCGUGUGGAAUGUAGUGUUUGUUUGCGAUUAAAUGAUUGGGUUUAAACGUUUAUCAGUCGGCUUUAAAGGUUGUAGGACACGUUGUAUGGUUUCCUGCUACUCAAAGCAGGAUACUGUUUUCCUAUGGAUAUUUUAAAAAUUUCAACAUUAGUGGUGUAUGCUGUAGCUGGAGCAAUAAGAUUUUGGUUUUUAAAUUCAGAUUAUAGGCAAAUAAUUGCAGACCGUGUUGAGAUAUCAACGCCUCUGAACUCGUGGAAGAAAGUUACAGAGGGUGUUUUCCUGUACAAUGAAGGCACAGACCCAUAUUCUGGUGAUGUGUUCCAUGACACGCCAGUUGGAUUGUUGAUAUACAGCUGGGUAUUUAGCUUUGCGUCAUCAUGGUUGAACAUAAUUUUUGUUGCAUGUGACCUCUUGACAGCAUAUUUCUUGAAUAAAGCAGCAACUGUUUUCAUGUUGGAGUUGGAAUUAAAACAGAAUGAAAAAAAAGACACAUAUGCAGCAGGCACAAAGAAUCUUCUCCUUAAGGCGUAUGACUUCCACAUAGUGCCUUUUUACGUUCUUUCAGCGUACCUGUUUAACCCAUAUAUUAUUUUAAACUGUGUAGGUCAAACAACUACAGUGUUUUCAAAUUUAUUGUUGGCAUAUGCUUUAGCAUCAAUGUGCACUGGAAAGCGGGUGGCAUCCUGUUGUUCGGUUGCAUUACUCACUCUUCAGUCAUUGUAUCCAGCAAUACUUGUGAUGCCAGCAGCACUUUAUAUUUAUAAAAAUGAAGCAAAGACAACUGUACAAAAUAAACAUUACACAUGGAAACAGUCUUUCAUAUACACAUUUGUUGUGUUUUCACUGGCUGUUGGAAGUUUACUUUUCUUGUCAUACAAGAUUACUGGAAGUUUAUUAUUUCUUAAUUCAGUAUAUGGUUUCAUACUAACUGUUCCUGAUCUUAAACCAAAUAUUGGAUUAUUUUGGUAUUUCUUCACUGAAAUGUUUGAACACUUCCGGCCACUGUUCAUAGCUGCUUUCCAAAUUAAUGCAACUGUUUUGUACAUGCUGCCACUCACAUUAAGGCUUCGUGAAGAACCCAUGUUGCUAGCUACAAGCUUUUGCGCUCUUAUUAGUGUAUUUAAGUCAUACCCCUGUCUUGGGGAUGUAGGAUUUUAUCUGGCACUUCUGCCCAUGUGGAAGCAUCUAUACAAUCAUAUGCAACAAGGUUUCAUUGUUGCAUGCUUCUUCAUAACUACUUCAGUGCUAGGCCCAGUGCUUUGGCACCUCUGGAUAUAUUCUCGGUCAGCAAAUGCAAAUUUUUAUUUUGGUGUCACACUUGCAUUUGGUACUGCACAGAUAUUCCUCAUAACAGAUAUUUUGUUUGCUUAUAUCAAGAGAGAAUUCUACUUGAAUAAUGGAUUACCACGAGAUCCUGAUGGAAAACCUUCAAAAAUUGUCCUACAAUAGAUAGUGUCCGAGAAUGUGUUUUGGUAACUAGACACAUUAGUGCUGUUCUGUGAUAAGUAUGUGCGGUAAAAGACAGACAAGACUGUACUCACCAUUAACAAGUGUCAGUAUUGGGUCUUCUGCUCUUCCUAGGUGAACAUUUUCAGUGCAGAAGUGUGCAUGGUUUCAUAUUUUCUGUCCUUGCAGCAUGGCAUUUGAGUAAACAGUUUGGUGAGUUCAGUUCUUUAUUUAUAGUCAUAAACUAAUAAUUUCAUGUAAUGGCCUGACUUCCAUUACUUAACUGUCAUCACUGCUCAGGAAAAAAUAGGAUUUUCUUUUAUAUAAAGUUAUAGUUAAAUUAAAUGAAUUUACAUGGCUUA